GGCUGCAGGUAGGGAGUGAGGGGCCCCAGUAACACAUGGGGGCUUAGGGGUACUCGGGGUCCAGCCCAGUCCCUGCACCCCGUGUCAGAGCAGGACCCCCGUGGCCCCUCGGUGUAGGGCUGUGGGGCUGGGCGAGGGGCUGGGUCGUGGUCCUGGUGCCCCCAUCGCAUGCUAACACCCGCUGUCUCCUUCUCGCAGGCAGCCGGGAGCCCGGACACCCAGAGGACAUGGCUGCAGAGCUGGAGCCGGCACCAGCUGCGGGCUUCCCCUUCCCGGUGCCGGAGCAGCCCGUGGUGAAGACGGAGGAGCAGGACCCUGCGGACACAGGCAGAGCGUCCUCAAAAUGCCGGGCAGCCCCGGUGGUCAAGCAGGAGCCACUCGAGGAGCCCGUGCAGUGCUGGCAGGUCACAGUGCACGGGCAGCUUGAGGACAUGGCCUUGGACACGGAGGGACCCGAGGCAGUGACAGACCCCCUCUCCCGCCUGGACCAGCCUCCGCCCCACCCUGGGCACAUGCCCAAGGAGGAGGCAGGCAGGGGUGAAACCCCCGGGCCUCAGGAUGAGCUGAUUAUUAUCCUGAAAGAGGAGCCCCUGCCCCACCAGGAGCCAGAUUCGCCCGACACGGAGGAGACGUGGGACUCGUCGGCGGAUGAAAGCUCCUUGGGCUGCUUCCCCAGGCGGGGCCCUUUCCCAGGGGCAGGUGCAGGGACCCUGAGCACAGCUGAGGAGCAGUCUGCUGAGGACGGGUCUGCGAACCUGGAGCUGCUGAGGCCGUCCCCGGGACAAUCAGGGGAGAAGGGACCCUUAACACCGGAGUCGGGCCAAGGGCAAGAGAAGCAGGGCAGGUGCCAACAGCAGAGAGACACCAUGGCCGUAAGCAAGACUAGCACGCAUAGGUUAAAGAUCGAGCGGUCCAAACGGAGCCUGGCGUGGAAUCAUUUCACCAAAAUCAAGGAGGACGCUGUCCGGUGCAAGCUGUGCACGACGGAGCUCCGCUACGGGAGCAGCACCGGAGCGAUGCUGAACCAUCUGAAGCUGAAGCAUCCCGCCAUUUCGAGCGAAAGACAAGACCAGAAGCAACCGACGGUGCCGACGUUCGUUCCCGGCAGCUCGAGGAAAUGCGACACGCAGCGCGCCGAAAAGCUGACCGAAUUGUUAUGCUCCAUGAUCACUGAAGACAUGCUGCCUAUAAGCGUCAUCGAGGGGGCCGGUUUCCGGGCAUUAAUGAGUUUUGUGGAACCCGAAUACCACGUGCCCGUGAGACAAACGGUGACCGCACAGCUGGAGAAGUGGUAUGAAAACUGCGUCAACUCUCUGCGGGAAAAACUGGGGAAAGCCGACAAAGUAGCUUUCACGACUGACUGCUGGACGGCGGUCAAUGCGGAAAGCUACAUGACCAUCACCUGCCACUACAUUGAAAACUGGGAGCUUCGAGCGGCUGUGCUCCAGACGGAAAGCAUGCCAGAGCCGCACACAGCGGAUAACAUUGCUGAAAAGCUAAACUCUAUAGUAGAGAGAUGGGGCCUGGAAAACCGUGUCUUGGCGUGCGUUCACGAUAACGUGAGCAACGUGGUGCUCGCCGACAUGCCGAGAUACGUUGCGUGGGACUCGGUGAACUGUUUUGCUCACACGUUGCAGCUGGCUAUCAACGAUGGCUUUUCUGGCAGCGUCGCUCACGUUAUUGCGGCCGCCAGUAGGCUCGUUGCGCACUUCCAGCCCGGCUCCGUCGCUGCGAAAACGCUCGAAAGGAAGCAAACGCAGUAUCAGGUUAAGCACAACCCCUUGAUCCAGUCUUGUAAAACUCACUGGAAUUCGGCGUACGAAAUGUUUGAGAGACUCAGCGAGCAAAGGCGGCCGAUAAUGGCAGUGCUCUCGGAUCGCUCCUUUACCAAACUCUACGAUGUUCAGACGUUUGAGCUGCAGGACGAGCAAUGGCAAUUAAUAGAGGAUAUCUUACCUAUCCUUUCCACUUUAAAGUGCGCCACGACAGCCAUGUCUGCCGAGCACUCGGCCUCCAUUUCAAACAUUUAUCCCAUUUGCAACAGUCUUCUCAACACUCACCUAAAAACUGAAACUGCUGUCGAAAGUGGAAAGAUAGCUGACUUCAAGUCCGCUGUCCGCUGCUCUCUGGAGCAUCGCAUGAAACCCAACGAUCCCGCCAUAAUCAACAGAGCUGCAUUAAUAGCAUCCAUAUUGGACCCCCGCCAUAAGCACCUGCAGUUUCUUUUGCCCGAUAUCCAGAUUGCUGCCAAAUCGAAGCUUAUGCAACUCGCGUCUUUCUUGAAAAGCGAGGCGGCUCCGAGCGCUGCGGCUGAACCCGCCGAACCGACGGCGCCGGCGGCGAAAAAGCCCCGCGAAACGAAGAAGAAGAGUGCUAUCGCCGUGCUUUUAGGUGAAGAUUACAGCAAGAAAACGGACGGGAACGCGGUAGAAAAUGAAUUGGAAAGUUACUUCCGAGAGCCCUGCCCCUCGCUGGAGUGCAAUCCGCUGGAGUGGUGGAAAGUCAAUGCGCCGCGCUUUCCCAGGCUUGCAAAACUGGCUAGGAGUUACCUUUGCAUCCCAGGAUCCUCUGUGCCCGCAGAACGCGUGUUUUCGACUGCCGGGCUGACUGUCAAUCAGCUGCGCUCAAGACUCACAUCGGAGCACGUCAACAUGUUAAUUUUUCUCAAUAAAAAUCAUCAGUAGAGUUGCGACGCAGCUUUUUGUUUUAGUUGUUGCUCAUUUAACCUCCACGCAACCUUGAGAUGAGAGUUUUUUUUUUCUGAUCUGAUUUUUUUCUUUUCUUUUUUGGAAGACCAAUCAUCUUUUAAAUGAGGAUUUUAUGUUUAAAACAAAAAACAAAAACAAUUGUUGGGGUGUUUUGUACUUGAAGUUUCAAUUGGAUGCUUUUGCAGUUUUGCAAAACAAGGAUUUUAUAUAAAAAGUUGCUGCGGCUUCUU